CGCGCGCGCGCCGUCGCGGGGCCGCGCACGUCGGGUUUGGAAACUUUUAGCGGGAACGAGCACGUGCGCGCACCCGUGUUCUCUUUGUGUAGCGAGCGUAGAGAAAGCGCCAAAAGAGUGACCAUGGCUGAUGAAAAACCAAAGGAAGCAGUAAAGACUGAAAGUUCUGAGCACAUCAACCUGAAGGUAGCAGGCCAGGAUGGAUCCGUUGUGCAAUUCAAGAUUAAAAGGCACACGGCGCUCCAUAAACUCAUGAAGGCCUACUGUGACAGACAGGGAUUGUCUAUAAGGCAAAUCCGGUUCAGAUUUGAUGGACAACCCAUAAACGAGACAGACACACCAUCACAAUUGGAAAUGGAGGACGAAGACACAAUUGACGUCUUCCAACAGCAGACGGGAGGAGUGAUUUAAUCAAGCAGCCCCACGCGUCACCUUUCCCCCUUUUAUCAACAGAACCAACUAGCCUUGGUACACGCAGCAGAUGAUUAUAUACGGGCCCCUUUCCAAAAACAUUUAAUAUUAUUGAAACAUUUUAUUUCAUUGCAUAAUUCCAUUCGAAACGUUAAACUUCCAUAGAUUAUAGAUUCAGGGCCCACAACUUAAACAAUUUCACAUAUUUAGUUGUUUAUUUGUACAUAAUUUGGGCCUCCAGCUCACAAAACCCACGAAAACAGGAUUUUUUUAAAAACUGAAUACUGAAGAAAUCAGCCCAAAUUUACAGGGCAUGAAUGUUUUAAACUGAGUGUCACCUGCACAGUUUUUCCAGGCGUUAAAUUAAAUUAAAUUGGUUCAAUUGUCUCAGUUAGGAUCAAUAUAGGGAUAACUGGCCAGAAGACCAUCAUUGAUACCCUCCAUAGUUAAAGUUAAAGUCCCAACGAUCAUCACACACACUGGGUGUGGUGAAAUUCGUCCUCUGCAUUUGACCCGGACCCAUAUUCACCCCCUGGAAGGUGAGGGGAGCAGUGAGCAGCAGUGUGCGCCGCGCUCGAGAAUCAUUUGGUGAUUUAACCCCCAAUUCCAACCCUUGAUGCUGAGUGCCAAGCAGGGAGGAAAUUGAUCCCAUUUUUAUAGUCUUUGGUAUGACUCGUGUUGCGUUUUGGACCAGUUGUUCCUCCCAGGGAAUUCAAGUCACAAGUCGCUCCCAAGCUCUUUACGACACUUAAAGCUGAGUAGAAAAACCACCAGAGACAGAAUAGGUAUUUUGUAAUAUAUUUGCAAAGCUUUGCAUAUACAUUGAGACCAGUCCAGCAUAGAACAUUCAAUCGCGCCGCCAAGAUGGUCUGCCCCCCCCCGAAAAACCCUCUCCCCUCUUAAGUCUCUCUCUCUCUCUCUCCCCCUCGCAGACAUGUCUCUCCAGCCAAAACAAAUGCCCAUUAUCUCUCUUUCUAACAUUCCUCAUUCAAGGUUAAGCACACAGUUUUGCAGACAACCAAAAGACCACAAUUGGAAGAAAAACACUAGCUGUUUUGUAAUAUGAUUAUGAAAUAAAAAGAAGUAACACUUAAAUUCGGAUAUAUGUAAAUAUCUGCCUCCGACACUCGGCCGGGGUUUGAACUCACGACCUUCCAGUCUCAGGGCGUACACUCUCACCGCAAGGCCACUGAGCUGGUCCGUAGGAUGGGUAAGCCACAAAAGUUCAUUGCCAAGGAGGCCGGCUGUUCACAGAGUGCUCUGUCCGAGCAUAUCAAUGGAAAGUCUAGUGGAAGGGCAAAAUGUGGCAGGAGAAGAUGCACCAGCAGAAGAGCUGACCACGGGCUUCUGCGGAUUAUCAAACAGAGUAGAUUCAUGAAUCUGGCAGAGAUCCAGAAAGAGUCAGACGCAUCCGGGAGAUCAAUCAAUCAAUGUUUACUUACAUAGCCCUAAAUCACGGGUGUCUCAAAGGACAAUGACAUCCUCGGCUCAGAUUCCACAUCAGAGCAAGGAAAAACUCAACCCAAUGGGACAAUGAGAAACCUUGGAGGGGACCCCCCCCUGGGGGACCGGUGCAAUGGACGUCGAGUGGAUCUAGCAUAAUAUUGUGAGAGAUCAGUCCAUAGUGGAUCUGGAGAUGGGCUACAACUGUCGGGUUCCUCGGGUCAAACCAUUUCUGAGCCUGAGCCAACGUAGGAAGCAUCUCAACUGGGCCACAGAGGACUGGACUGUCGGCCAGUGGUCCAAAGUCCUCUUUUCCGAUGAAAGUAUAGUGUGUCUUUCAUUCGGGAAUCAAGGUCCAAGGGUUUGGAGGAAGACUGGUGAGGAACAGAACCCAAGCUGCCAGUGUGAAAUAUCCAAAUCAGUCAUGAUUUGAUGGGCAGGUUUUGGUAAACUCUUGCGUUCUUAAAUCCAAAAUCACCGUAUCAGUCUACCAGAAUGUUUAAGAGGACUUUGUGAUUCCUUCUGCUGAGGAUCUGUAUGGAGAUGCAGAUGUCAUCUUCCAGCAGGACCUGGCCUCUGCCCAUAGCGCCAGAAGCACCAAAACCUGAUUUGAUGCCCAUGCCAUCACAGUGCUUGACUGGCCAGCCAACUCGCCGGACCUAAACCCCAUUUGAGAGUCUAUGGGGUGUUAACAAGAGGAAAUUGGGGGGCACCCGACCCAGAAACAAAGACGAGCUGACAGCAAGCAUCAAGGAAAUCUGUGCUUCCAUACCUCCCAGCUGAUGGCCUCCAUGCCACAGUGCAUUGAGUGAUUCCCUACAAAGUAUUGAAAAUUGACGUAUCAUUUUGAAAGUACCAUAUUUUGAUUGAUUUGAUGUGAUCCUAAUUUAUUUUUUUCCUGCAAAAACUGAGAAGUAAUUGGUGAUUUCUCCACAGUAUUCACAUUUUUUGAGAUCCUGUUUUCAUUGAUUUUAUGAGCUGGAAGCCCAAAUUAUGUACAAAUAAGCAACUAAAUGCUUGAAAUCGUUUAAAUUGUGGGCCCUGAAUCUAUAAUCUAUGGAAGUUUAACGUUUUGAAUGGAAUUAUGGAAAUAAAUACCGUUUUCCUUGAUAUUAAAAUUUUUUGGAAAGGGCCUACACCUUGUCCCGUUGGGGUUUAAAUGACUCUGCUGUAUAGUACUUUCAAAUAGUGGCCCCUGUUACAUCUGUUUUUGUACAUAAAAAAACAAUCCAGAUCGCUCUAUGUUUUGGUUUUUCCUCUGUUCAUUCUGUGUUCUACUUAAAUCAGAGUGGUUCUGGAAUGGGAAUUACUCUGAGGAACCAUCUGGGUUUAAAGUGACGCUAUUGUUUUUUACAAAUUGGUUAUUAUUGACACACUGGCUGUCGUGUUCACAUUUCUCAAAGAACGUGGUCACAAGGGGCCAACCCAAUAGCUAAAUUGAUCUGUGUGCUCACAUGUAAGUGUGUGUUGUCUGCCUGUGAUCAGACCACACGUCAAUAGCGUUCAGGCUUCAAAUCAAUGAGUGUUGAAAUGGACCUGAAAUCAUAUGCAGACAGAUUUAGAUUUUAUGAGUUUAGUAUGGUGGGUAAAUUGCUUUGAUUAAUCCAUUCAGCAGACCAAUGAUAAUAUUUUGGGACAGAGGAGAACAUGUUGCCAUUUUACAGUCUGUAUUGUACCUGUUAAAAAUAAAUGUAUUGUUCUUUUUCCAAAA